UUUUUGCUUGAUAGAAUAUUAUUUAAUUUAAUUUCAUACUAACCUAUUAAACCAUACCAUACCAAAUUACUGGAAAUGCUCGUCGCCCGCCAUCUGUAUACAGGGAGGCUGUUUGAGGACCAGAAUGCCACACCAUGGCGGCUCAACCUGACAGCUGUGUCGUCGCAGAAUUCACUUGUAGCUGUGGCCAUAGACAGGCACGUAUCGAUAUUCGACAUUGGACAUUAUGGACGCAUUCCGACAUUUAGGCAAAAAUUGGCAUACCCAGACCCAAUAUAUGACGACAAGAUAAACGCCAUAUCUCUAGAUGUGUUGGGCGGCCGCGAGACAGUCAUUGCAGUCUACGACAGCGGAAGGUCGAUUGCAUGGGCGCUGGAAGGCGAAUUCUCGGUUGUUUGGGAUCACCAUGGGCAGAUAUCAACUUGGGGAUGUUCUAUCCAUAGCACAACGAACACUGUUGCCACCAGCUCCAAUGCGCAUGUCAUUGAUGUCUAUCGCUUGAAUGUCGGUGGUGCCAGAGACCACCAGCUGUUGGCGGAGGGCUUUCAACUCGAAGGGCAUACCCAAAAUGUUCCACACAUUGCAUUUUCGGCAGGUGGCAAUAUUGAUUCGACCAUCCGGGUCUGGUCCCUGCGCAGCAGGCAGCUGGCUUUUGCGUUCAGAUACAGCCAAUGGUGCUGGGCAGUGCGCAGAUCUGCAGAGUCUGAUAAGUCUGACGAGUUUGAUGAGUCCGACGAGGCCGACGAGGCCGAUGAGCCCGAUGAGCCCGAUGAGUCCGACGAGUCUGAUGAGUCUGAUGAGUUUGAAGGGCGCGCGGGGACCAAUUCAACCGACGAAUAUGUCCAAUCGAGUGGCGAUACCAAUGGCGGCUUAAUGCUGUCCAUAAACGCCACUGCGCUAAUUUCAGAAUUACUUGACAUAUCAUUUCAGCCGAAAGAGCACAUGGUACCUGAGGGCGAAUCACCACACAUGGCAUCACCACUACUCUUUUGCUGCACUGAAAGAGACGUGCUGCUCAUCGACCCUUCGGCCCAAGCCCAGGAAGCCGUUGUUGCAAGGAUCAAAAACGCACUUUACCGAGAAUCCUGGCCACUAAGUAGGGGGGCAGUGGUUUUUGACAGAAUUUCAUUUCUCGAAUGGAUCCCCGACAUGUCCAUAGCAGUGGUUGGCUCGUUUUCAGGCACAGUCGCAAUCAUUGGCGUGCAGACGCUGGAGUCUGCCGACGGCCAGGGCGCAAAGUAUCGUAUGGAUGUUUUGCACCAUCUUCCAGAAGAACUUAAUAACGGCCAGCUCUACGGUU